AUGAUCAACACUAGUACACCAACAGUUGAUGAAAGAGGUGUUGUCACUCCCAGGCUGCUGUGGCAGGUGGCCGCGGCAGACGAGGUGUCACAUGGUGCAGCAGAGGAGGUGUCAACUGGUGCAGCAGAGGUGGUGUCACAUGGUGCAGCAGAGGUGGUGUCACAUGGUGCAGCAGAGGAGGUGUCAACUGGUGCAGCAGAGGAGGUGUCACAUGGUGCAGCAGAGGAGAGGUGUCAACUGGUGCAGCAGAGGAGGUGUCACAUGGUGCAGCAGAGGAGGUGUCAACUGGUGCAGCAGAGGUGUCACAUGGUGCAGAAUAGAAGGUGUCAACUGGUGCAGCAGAGGAGGUGUCACAUGGUGCAGCAGAGGAGGUGUCAACUGGUGCAGCAGAGGAGGUGUCAACUGGUGCAGCAGAGGAGGUGUCAACUGGUGCAGCAGAGGUGUCAACUGGUGCAGCAGAGGAGGUGUCACAUGGUGCAGCAGGGGAGGUGUCACAUGGUGCAGCAGGAGGUGUCAUGCAGAGGGUGUCACAUAGUGCAGCAGAGGAGGUAUCACAUGGUACAGCAGAGGAAGUGUCACAUGGUGCAGCAGAGGAGGUGUCACAUGGUGCAGCAGGGGAGGUGUCUCGUGAGGAGGUGUCCUGGUGCAGCAGAGGAGGUGUCCAUGGUGCAGCAGAGGAGGUGUCAACUGGUGCAGCAGAGGUGUCACAUGGUGCAGAAUAGAAGGUGUCAGCUGGUGCAGCAGAGGAGGUGUCACAUGGUGCAGCAGAGGAGGUGUCAACUGGUGCAGCAGAGGAGGUGUCAACUGGUGCAGCAGAGGAGGUGUCAACUGGUGCAGCAGAGGAGGUGUCAGGUACGGAUACUGACGGAGUGA